CGCGGAUGGAUAUAACAUCGACAAAUUCAAGAUGUCAGCCUCCAUGGCUGGACGUGCCCUUUUAAAAAGAUCACGUUUAUUACAAAAUUCCCUUCAAAACUGCCAGACAUGCCACUUUAGUUCAACAGUCAGAGUGCUUAGGGCAGCUUCAAAUGAAUCAAACAGAAGAGGUUUACCGAACCUAUCGAUUACUGUCAGCGAUGAUGGAGCUACAAUAAUGUGCUGGCAUCCUGAACAACCUACACCAUAUGAACACACAAAGCCCAUCAUCAGAAAAGAGAGUGAUAUCACAGAGGGUGAUUCUGUGCUGAAAGUUCAACUGCUUCAUCAGGAUGAACACAGAUACGAACCAGACGGCCCAAGAAAGUUUGAGCUGAUGAAUAUGUUUUUCACAACUAAGCACAGAUGGUUUCCUCCGGGUUCUAAAGCAAAAAAGCGCAAAGCUCCAUUCCCCCGUUCUAGAGAGAGUAUAUGAGACUCUGUAUUAAGACCAAAUCUGAACAGAAAAAAGAGAACAUCCAGUCUGCUUUUCUGAUGUUCAGGAGGAGAACAGUGUUUAUGUCUUGAAGAAUCAUCAGUUGGCAUUGUGUGUGUUGUUUGCUCAUUAGAAGUACAUGAAAGUGUUUAAUAGAUACCAGUCCUGUAAACUAAAUAAAUUUGUAUCUAAGUAUUGAGA